AUGCACGAAUUACCUUUGGUUACUUCAGCUUAUAACUCUGAUGAUGAAUUAGGCUUAUCAACAAUCUAUUUAGAUGAGCUUUAUCUCCCACGCAAUAUAACAGCCCUUAACAAAUUGCAAUCCGAUACCACUCAUCUUUAUGAAGUGUUGCAAGCCUUUAGCAGAAUCUUAAAAAUGUGGGAAGAAUAUGCUAAAGAAAAUUUAUCAUGA